CUCUCUCUCUCCUCUCUCUCUGUUGCGUAUGGAGAAGAGCUGUUUUGUAUGAAAAGUCAGCUCCUCUCCUGAUCUCUUCCAAACAAUUCUCUCCCUCAUCAUAACUUUGUUUUUGAGAAGAACAGAAGAAUCCAACAUCAGCUUUCAAAAACCACAUCUUUGCUCUCCUGCUCCUAAUAAUCAAAACCCAUUUUGGGAACAUAUCAGUCUAUUGUGUAUUGUCAAUUGAUUUUACAGUGAAAUCUUAAAUUUUUUCGUUUGUUUAAUCAAUUAGCAGCCACCCAAAUACCAAGCCGAAGAAUUGCAUGCCUUUUAGGUCUCCUUUGGUGCAAAUUUAACCUCCCAAUAUACUACAAUAGGGUUCAAAUGAUAUACUUGAACUUGAAGCUGCAGCUUUUGCCUUAAGAGAGUGUGUGUGUGUGUGUAUCAUGUGCAGCUUGUUCAUGCCAACUACUAGGAUGGAGAAUUUUCAAGGUGAUUUAACCGACAUACUAAGAGCUGGUACUACUACUGCUACCGUUGGAGCUGAUCCGUCUGAUCAUCAAGAACCUUACACCGACUCGUGGCACUUUCCAUAUGAUCCCAUGAUAUUCCCAUCAUCCUCAUCAGCCAUGGAAGAAGAAGAAGAAACUAAGGACAACUUUGGCGAUCCAUUUUUGUCGUACAUGCGCGAUCCGCUGCUUAACGAGCUAGACAUAUCAAGUUCCAGCCUUUUCAGCAGCCCCAAUUGUACAGCUCGUGCGGAGGAAGGUGUUACAACUACUACUUUUGGUAGCGGUGGCGAUGGCAGUCAUCAUGUACUUAGUCUUGGGCAUCACAACCAUCAAAGUGGCGGUGUUGUGGUUGAUGGUGAUCCAAUAAAGAGGCCUUACAACAUAUUCUCACGGAUGCUACAGAUCUCUCCGAGUGCAAAGGUACCGGUGUCGCCGUGUGAUUCUCCGGUGAUGGGUGCAUCAGUGUCGUCGUCUACUAGCGGGGUUAAAACAUCGUCAGCUUCUGCUGCCAUGGUUGCAAGCGACAUGAUUAUUAAUGGGAACAGCUCAUCAGCAGCAAAAGGUUGCUUGCUCGAGAACACUGGGAUGCAGAUCUCAUCUCCACGGAAUCCGGGUAUCAAGCGAAGCAGGAAGAGCCAGGCAAAGAAGGUGGUGUGCAUUCCAGCGCCAGCAGCUGCAAACAGCAGGCCUACUGGAGAAGUAGUUCCGUCUGAUCUGUGGGCAUGGAGAAAGUACGGUCAGAAACCCAUCAAAGGGUCACCUUAUCCAAGGGGUUACUAUAGAUGUAGCAGCUCAAAGGGUUGCUCAGCAAGGAAACAAGUAGAGCGUAGCCGGACGGAUCCAAAUAUGUUGGUCAUCACGUACACUUCUGAACACAACCAUCCAUGGCCUACUCAGAGAAAUGCUCUAGCUGGCUCAACCAGAUCCCAGCCAUCCAAAAAAGGUGGCGCCGCUGCCUUGAAGAUCUCUCCCGAUAGCUCUCAUCAGCCUCAUCUAAAGCCAACUAGCCCAACAAAGAAAGAACAAAAUGAGAAUGUGAAUGAUAAUGAUGAUAAUCAUAUGUCCCCAACAGUUAUUACAGCUGGAAGUGCUUCAACAGUGAAGGAAGAAUUUGAGGACAUUGAAAAGCAAUUAGAGCUUGAUCAUCAUCAUCAGCAAUUAGGGUUUGCUUAUAGACCAUCUAUGCCUGAUGAGCAGUCCAACCAGUCACACCAUCCUGAUGACUUCUUUGCUGAUUUAGGAGAAAUUGAGGCUGACCCACUUAACCUCUUAUUUUCACAAUGUUUCUCGGUAGAUGAGCAGCAGCAAAAGGGAGGCAAGGUUGCAGAGCCCUUAGAUCCAUUCAAUCUCUUAGAUAAUUGGUCAGGAGAUCACAACACCAACAAUACUUCAUUUGCUGAAGCUAAGAGGCGGUUAUAACAAGGCCAAGACUAAUCACCCUGAAAAGAUAUCAUCAACUCCCCCUAAAACAAGAGUUAAGAGUUUACUCUUUUUAAGUUAGUUUUUGUUCUUUCUUUUUGGUGGUGCAGUUUAAAACCUAGUCCUUGUGGUUUGAAUUGAGUUUUACAUGUUGGGGUGGGGUUCUAAUUUUUUUCUUCACUUUUUAAUAAGUUUUUUUUUUUUAUAAUUUUGGGUUCUUGUUAUUUACCAGAAUAGAAUCAGGGAUAGGGAAGAGAGGUGAUGUGAAAAGAAGAAGGUACGUGGAUCCUCACCGGAUUCAUGCAUCCUAAUUUUAGAAAUCUAUUAAUUCAGAUAAUUGAAAUUUAAUUCAAUAAUUAAAAACAGAAAUUUAUUUUAAAAAUUAUAAUAAUUUUAACUAUUUAAUCAAAUUUUAAUAACUCGAAUUAAUAAAUUCUUAAAAUUAGAAUACAUGGAUCAGAGGGAGAGAAGGUAGUUGGUUGAUUGGGAGCAGAACCAAUGAGUCCCACAUUCCCUUUGGAAUUUUAGUGGAUGGGACAGAAAGCUGAAGAACAGAAGGAUUCUACAGUGGAAACAAGUACCUCCAUCAGAGACAAGACUGGAAAGCUCAGUCUCUGAGUGUGUGAUAGGAUAGAUUGAUGUGAAGAUGGGACUUGCCUUUAUUAUUCAUCUUUUAAAGUGGGAAGAAUUAUUCAACCAGAAAGUUUGGUCAUGUGGGUGGGUAUUCUAAAAAGAAAAAGAAACAAGCUUAUUUUUAUUGUUUUUGGUAAGAGUUUUCAAGGAAAAAAUACAAAACAAAAAACGGAAAAUUUUAUUUUAAUUCUUGUUACUUUUUGAAUAAAACUUUUGGGUAAGAUUAAAUACUAAUUUUAAUUCUUGACAUUUAAUUGUAAUUUUUGAAUAUUAAAUAGAUUAUAAUAAUUAUUGAGUUUUU